GUUCUCAACGCCGACCACUGCAGCCAAUUACUCUGGCUGUCAUUUUCAUCGUCUUUGCUUUAGUAGUGUCUUUUGGCCAACUCGUACAUAUACCAAGGACACGGUACCAUCUAUUUAUCUAAUUUGUCAUGGGUGUUCCCGCACUCUUUCGAUGGCUCAGCAAAAAGUAUCCUAAGAUUAUUCUUCCAGUUGUUGAAGAAGAAGAGGUCAAAGUCCCAGAUGAAUCUGGAACCGAUAUUGCUAUUCCCCUCAACAUCUCGGGGCCCAACCCCAAUGGCGAGGAAUUCGACAAUCUUUACCUUGAUAUGAACGGAAUUGUUCAUCCAUGUACGCAUCCUGAGGGAAAGCCCGCUCCUGAGACUGAGGAGGAAAUGAUGGUGGAGGUCUUCAAGUACACAGAACGUGUUGUGAACAUGAUUCGUCCUCGCAAACUGCUCUUCAUGGCUAUAGAUGGUGUCGCUCCUCGCGCUAAAAUGAACCAGCAACGUUCCCGCCGUUUCCGCUCGUCAAUGGAAGCUAAGGAAAAGGAGGAAGCGCACAUGGAGGCCGUGGCUAUGUGGGAAGCAAUGGGUAAAACCGUGAGCGAUGAUGACAAGAACAAGAAGUCCUGGGAUUCCAACGCCAUCACACCGGGAACUCCAUUCAUGGAUCUUCUUGCUUCUUCUCUCAGGUAUUGGGUAGCUCAAAAACUCAACACAGAUCCUGGGUGGAAACAGAUGGAGGUCAUCAUUUCCGAUGCAAGUGUACCUGGCGAAGGUGAACACAAAAUUAUGGAUUUUAUUAGGCGACAACGCUCCAAUCCUGGUCACGACCCUAACACCCGACAUGUGAUAUAUGGUCUGGAUGCCGACUUGAUUAUGCUUUCGUUGGCGACUCACGAACCGCAUUUUCGUGUGCUUCGUGAGGAUGUCUUCUUCCAGGAAGGUAGUCGCACUGCAUGUCGCAUAUGCGGUGAAGAAGGGCACUAUGCUGCACAAUGUACUGGAACGAAGGCUGAAAUUAAGAAAACUCCACCGGAAAAGAAACCGUUUAUUUUCCUCGAUGUCGCUAUCCUGCGCGAGUAUCUCGAAGCCGAAUUGAGGGUGCCAAACACAUCUUUCCCUUUUAAUCUUGAGCAAGCAAUUGAUGACUGGGUGCUCCUCAUAUUCUUCGUCGGAAAUGAUUUCUUGCCCCAUUUGCCAUCACUUGAGAUUAGAGAGGGAGCUAUUGACACCCUACUCAAGAUUUGGCGAGAUGAGCUUCCUCGUAUGGGCGGCUACAUGACCAAUCAUGGACAACUUGAAUUGUCAAGAGCCCAGAUCAUUCUUGAGGGACUUGCGAGACGUGAGGACGAGAUUUUCAGACGGCGCCGUGAAGCCGAGGAACGUCAAGACCAGAACACGAAGCGUCGUAAGAUAGAGAAAGAUAUGGCGGCCAACGGGACUGGCCCUUCACCAUCCCUCAAUCUCACGGCCGCCCCUUCUGUUACUGCUGCUCCUUCUGCACAUCCUUCAUUGCCUGCACGACCGCAGACGACUAGCUUUGCUUAUAAUGCCGACAGCAUGGGGCUGGGUGGUCCGAAGUCCCAAGAAACUGUACAAAAUGCACCUACAGCGGCACAAGCUCUUGCAGGCUCGAAUAGCGAUGUAGUAGCUAACCGUCGCGCUAUUCGAAUGGCCAACAUGAGUGCCGCGGAGAUGCUGAAGGCAGAGCUUGCUGGUCUGACACCGCUCAAACCGUCCAAAAACGCUGCGCCCGCCCCUGUACCUGAGCCAGAGGCAGAGGCCUCCACCCCGGAAGCGACAGUGGAGGACGACACUUCGAUUCCCGGCCUCAGUUUCCAGGCUACCGCAAUUAGCGUUACGGAGUCUAUUACGGAGACGAGUUCCAUUACGACUGUCGUCCACGAUGAUGCCAUGAAUGGGACUUCUAUCCCUACUUCACCGCAUGGACAUAAGCGCAAGCAUGAGGAAGUCGAGAAAGCAGAUGCUGAAGCCGACGAAGAGGUAACUGAUGUAGUCGUCGUUUCUGACGAUGAUGAAGCAGCUCCGGAUGAAGACAUUGCAACCAAUUACACUUUCAAGGUCAACUCAGAUGGUACUGUUGAACAGGAAGACACGGUCAAGCUAUGGGAACCUGGUUACAAGGAAAGGUAUUACCGUCAGAAGUUCGAUGUGGACUACCGUGACGAGAAAUUCAAGAAAGAAAUCACCCAGCGAUACAUUGAGGGUAUGGCAUGGGUGCUACAAUAUUAUUAUCAAGGCACACCUUCAUGGCAAUGGUACUAUCCGUAUCACUUUGCCCCUUUUGCUGCCGACUUUGACGAGGUCAAUAUGAUGGAGCUCAAUUUUGAAAUCGGACAGCCUUUCAAGCCUUUCGAGCAACUGAUGGGUGUGUUCCCCGCUGCCAGUCGACAACAUAUUCCAGAGCCUUUCCACCAUCUCAUGAUAGACGAAGGGUCAUCUAUCAUCGACUUUUACCCUCGCACAUUCCAGAUCGACAUGAAUGGGAAACGAAUGGCUUGGCAAGGUGUUGCUCUAUUACCUUUCAUUGACGAGAAACGUCUUUUGGAAGCUAUGGCCCCUCACUAUCACAAGCUUACUGAUGAGGAGAGGCGACGAAAUGGUUGGGGAGACAACGUGAUAUAUGUUGCGGAAGAGCAUCCGUUCUAUCCCACUCUUGAAGCGCUGUAUGGCAAGCGGAAGAGUCAAGAUGUUUCCUGUAGCUAUCAAUGUCAAGCUAAGCAAAGGCCUCAACGGAAGCUUGCUACCUAAUCCUGAUUGUCUUCCUGGAUCGACCUUCUACAGUCCUCUGACUAGUGUCGAUUUGCCGGAUAUUAAUCACGAUCGCUCUCUGUCAGCACUGUAUUUCUUCCCAAAGCAGAUCACACCCCACAGAUCUGUUUUGCUACCUGGUGUCAGGCGGCCUCGACCGAUUCUCACUGAGGAUGACCGGGAAAAUGCGAGACGCGGUGGCCGAGGACGAGGUCGCGGUGGUCCACCUGGCUCAGAUCGUGGUCGCAACGGCUACUCGUAUGGCGGUCAACAGCCAUACGGCUCCAACGGCCGGGACUACUCUCGAGGUGGCGGCGAUUGGCAGAGAGGUGGCUACAGCCAAGAUUCAUACUCACAAAGACAAUCACAAGUGUCGUACUCACAAUCGUCGUACUCGCAAUCCUCAUCAUAUGGUCAGCCCUCAUACCACGGGCAACAGUCUCAUCAGCAACCCUCGUACAGUCAAUAUGGAGGGGGCGCACCUAGAGGUCCACCGCAGCAGAACUAUAGCAGUGGAUAUAGCUCAUACAACGCACCUUCUCGUGGUCGUGGUGGCCCUCCGAGAGGCGGUACCCCGUCCUACGGGAGCCCUCGUGGUGGUUACAGCCAGGGUGGAUAUCAAGGCAGCUAUGGACAAGGAGGGCAAGGAGGAUAUGGUCGUGGUGGGUACGGCGGAGCUCAAAGUCAGGGCUACGGAGGUGCUCAAGGACAGGGAUACGGGGGUGCUCAAGGACAAGGAUACGGAGGUGGGUCGUACGGUGCGCCUAGAGGUGGCGGAUAUGUUGGAUCUAGCAGGGGAAGAGGGAGAGGAGCACGCUAUUGAUUCUUUGCACGUUGUGCGGAGUUUUGAUCUGACCAUUUCAUAUCUUUAUGUAGACUAGUCUCAUAUUCAUUGACCACUUUGGCUGUAUUGUACAUAGGUAUGCACGCAUAUUUUACAUUCAACUUGUUCAUACUACAUCCUCGGUUACAUUCUAGUGCAACACUGAUGGGGUCAGCCAUAGAAAACACAAAAUGAUGUUACAACUACAACAGAAGAGACAAACCCAGACAUCGACCCACGUCGUCCAUUCCACGUUAGACCACUGUCUAAUAUCUUACACUUCAAACACUCUUACAUCCCAACCCCGACAUCACGAGGUGGUACGCAAGUGAUAUACAGCGCAUACUUCCUCUCAGCCUCCCUCAACUUGCGCCUGUGUCUCCUCUCUUGACGACGUCUUUUCUUCUCCGCUCUCUUUCGCUCCCGACGAAUGCGUCUCGCUUCCUGGUAUUCAGCCAUCUGACUGUCCACUUGUCUCCCAUAGACUCCUCCAUACGCGCCGUAGCCACGAUGACGAUCGUCAAGGUCGUCUUCAUCUUCACUAUCAUCGGUUUCAUCCUCGUCGGACUCAGAGUACCCUGGGCGACCUUCGAAUCCAGGAAGAUGUGCAUCGAAUACGCCGACGUUGGGGCCCGACUUACGUUCUCUUCCUUUGUAAAGUACGGCCUCGACACCGCGUUUGAUAAAGAAAGAGGCAUUCCAGAGAUC